AUGAAUUAUUUAAAUAAAAUUAAUAAAAUUAAUAAUAAAUUAUUUUAUAGUACAACAAGUAGUAGUAAUGGAAUUAAAAAUGUUGUAAUUAAUAAUAAAGAUUAUUUAAAAAGUUUAAAAACAAAUGAAAUUUGGGAAUUAAUAGUUGGUAUUGAAGUGCAUGCACAAACCAAAACUAAAGAGAAAUUAUUUUCAAAUAGUUUAAAUAUUGGAUCAAUGGAAGGAUUUAAAGCAAAUUCACGUGUAAGUUUUGUAGAUGCAGCAUUUCCAGGUGCAUUACCAGUAUUAAAUGAUAAAUGUGUUGAACAAGCCAUUAAAACUGGAUUAUCAAUUGGUGGAACCAUUAAUAGAUAUAGUUUUUUCGAUCGUAAACAUUACUUUUAUCAAGAUUUACCACAAGGUUAUCAAAUCACUCAAUUAACCGAACCAAUAGUUAAAGGUGGAUCGAUCGAAUUGGAAUUAAGUGAUGGUAGACAACACCAAAUUCGUAUAUCACAUAUACAAUUGGAACAAGAUAGUGGUAAAUCAAUUCACGAUUUACAUCCAACCAAAUCAUUGGUUGAUUUAAAUCGUGCUGGUAUCGGGUUAAUGGAGAUUGUAUCACAUGCAGAUUUCACAUCGAGUGAACAAGUUGGUUGUUAUAUUCAAAAACUUCAACAUUUACUUAAACAUAUUGGUAGUUCAGAUGCAAAUAUGCAAUUUGGUGAAAUGCGUUGCGAUGUAAAUAUAUCAGUUCAUAAACCAAAUACUGAAUUUGGUACACGUGUUGAAUUAAAAAAUAUGAUAUCUGCUAAAGCAAUAGUUUCAAGUAUCGAUUCUGAAGCAAUUCGUCAAAUUGACCUAUUAGAAAAUCAAAAUAAAAUUCAACGUGAAACUCGUGGUUUUAAUCAAGAAACUGGUGAAACCUAUCAUUUACGUACAAAAGAAGAUGAAGUCGAUUAUAGAUUUUUCCCUGACCCUGAUUUACCACCAUUAAUCAUCUCUAGUGAAAGAAUUGAAACAAUUAAACAACAAUUGGGUGAACUACCACAAGAUAUGAAAAAAAGAUUAAUCAAACAAUAUUCAUUAACAAAUUAUGAUGCAGAAUUAUUAAUUCAAGAUCAAUCAAUUGCAAAAUUUUUUGAAAAUUCAAUUAUAUUUAAUCAAAAUCAUAAUCAAAAACAAAGAGAUAUUAAAAAAAUUUUAAACUUUUUAUUACGUGAUAUUUUCUCUUGGUUAAAUUCAAAUAAUAUUCAAGAUUUUAAUUCAAUUAUAAAUGAAAAUCAAUUAAGUAUUGAAAAGUUUACACAAUUGUUAGAUUUAAUUGAACAAGGUUAUAUCUCAAGCAAUAUUGGUAAAACUAUUCUUUUUCAAAUUUUAAAUGGUUCUGAUAAUAGAUCACCAAAAGAUUUAAUAGAUUCUCAAGGUUUAUCUCAAAUCUCUGAUGAUUCAUUAUUGGAUCAAUUGGUUCAACAAUUGGUUGAAAAUCAUCCAAAUGAAGUAACUGAAUAUCAUCAAGGUAAACAAAGAGUUUAUAAAUUCUUUAUGGGUGAAAUUAUGAAAAAAACUAAAGGUAGAUCAAAUCCUGAAAUUGUUAAUAAUUUAUUAAAAAAAUAUUUAGAUUUAAAAAAAAAAUAA